AUGACCACCAACGCGUCACACCAAACCUCAGCGGCGACUUCGCUUUCUGAUCUCAACAAACCACCUAUUGUGUCCAACGACAGCGAGAAAGAUGUUCCGAUUGACACAAAAGACUCAGCAGCUCAACCAGUUGACGUGGAGAAAGAUGCCGAUUCUGAGCUCAACCGUGAGCUCUCACGUAUCAACACAGCCGACUAUCCUUCAGCCUUCCCCUUAACAAUGAUUGUCGUUGCCCUCUCUGCCAGCAUCUUUCUUGUCGCCCUUGACAUGACUAUUGUCGCUACUGCUAUUCCCAAGAUAACAGAUCAGUUUCACUCCCUCGACCAGGUCGGAUGGUACGGGUCUGCAUUCUUUCUUACAGUUGGCUCGUUCCAAGCCACGUGGGGCAAGGUGUACAAAUAUUUUCCUCUCAAAACCUCAUUUCUUGUCGGCAUCUUCAUCUUUGAGGUUGGGUCUUUGAUUUGUGCAGUUGCCAAUAAUUCAACCACUCUUAUCGUUGGACGAGCAAUUGCUGGCAUGGGCGGCGCUGGCAUCGCCUCCGGUUCCUACACCAUCAUCGCCUUCUCUGCUCCGCCCGCCCAACGACCGGCUCUCACUGGCAUUAUGGGUGCGACAUUUGGUAUAGCAUCGGUGAUUGGCCCUCUCUUGGGCGGUGUCUUCACUGACCAUCUGUCGUGGCGCUGGUGUUUCUAUAUAAAUCUCCCUAUCGGUGGAGUGGCAUGUGCUAUUAUCAUAGUUUUCUUCCACACUCCAAGGGCUGCGAAGCCUCAAACAGCAACUUGGAGGGAAAAGUUUUUACAGAUGGACUUCCCUGGCACCUUCACCCUCAUGGCAGCAAUUAUUUGUUAUCUCCUUGCCAUGCAAUGGGGAGGUGCUACAAAACCCUGGUCGGAUGGAUCCGUCAUCGCCACACUGGUCCUCUUUGGCGUUCUCCUCAUCGCUUUCAUCGUCAUCGAAUACUUCCAGGAUGAUCGUGCCCUCCUCCAAGGUCGCCUUUUGAAGGACCGUACCAUCGGAGCUCAGUCCGCUUACGUUAUGAUGAUCGCCGCGGGCUUCUUCGUACUUCUUUAUUACCUCCCGAUCUACUUUCAAGCUACGAAAAACGUCUCUGCUGCAAAAUCAGGGAUCAACAAUCUUCCCCUGGUUUUCGGAGCAAGCCUUUUCACCGUCAUCUGCGGUGUCUUGCUAACUGUAUGGGGACAAUAUGUACCUGUCAUGAUCUUUGGCUCAGCUGUGGCCACGAUUGGCUCUGGACUUAUCUACACACUUGAGAUUGAGAGCGGGAGCCCAAAAUGGAUUGGAUAUCAGGCUCUUGUCGGCAUUGGCAUCGGGCUGUGCUUUCAAAUACCUGUGAUCGUCGCCCAAGCCGUCGUCAAGCCCUCAGAUCUAUCUUCUGUCAGCGCUAUUAUCCUCUUCUUCCAAACAGUCGGAGGAGCUGUUUUCAUCUCUGCCGCGCAAGCAGGGUUCGUGAACAAAACACUCAAAGCUCUUGCUGUCAAGGCCCCAGAUAUCAACCCUGGCCUGGUAGUCGCCACCGGUGCCACUGAUUUAAGGAAGGUAUUCACCGAGGAGCAAAUACCGAGGAUCUUAUCUGCGUAUAUGGAAGGCUUGAAAGUUCCAUUCGCGAUGUGCAUUGCCUUUGCAGGGGUGAGCUUCGUCAUUGCCUUCGCACCAAGAUGGGAAAGUAUCAAGGGCAAGGUCAAACUGGAUGGUGGAGCUUGA